GUAAGGGUGUUCCGAUUUAUCACAGAAAAUACUGUUGAAGAAAAAAUAGUUGAAAGAGCAGAAAUAAAACUGCGUCUAGAUAAAAUGGUCAUCCAACAGGGUAGAUUGAUGGAUAAUAAAGCUGCUCAAUUAAAUAAGGAUGAAAUGUUGAACAUGAUCAGACAUGGUGCAAAUCAUGUGUUUGCUUCAAAAGAUUCUGAAAUUACUGAUGAGGAUAUAGAUACAAUCCUAACAAGAGGAGAAAAUAAGACUGAAGAACAAAGGGCCAAAUUAGAAUCUCUUGGUGAAAGUUCUCUUCGUAACUUUACUAUGGACAAUGCACCAAGUGUUUACCAGUUUGAGGGAGAAGAUUACAGAGAAAAACAUAAGGUGUCAGUAGUUGGAUCAUCUUGGAUUGAACCACCAAAAAGAGAAAGGAAAGCAAAUUACGCUGUCGAUGCAUACUUCAGAGAAGCUCUUAGAGUUUCUGAGCCUAAGGCUCCUAAGGCGCCCAGACCUCCCAAGCAACCUAUAGUUCAAGAUUUUCAAUUUUUUCCUCCAAGAUUGUUUGAACUACUUGAUCAGGAAAUUUAUUACUUCAGGAAAACACUGGGAUAUAAGGUUCCCAAAAAUCCGGAACUUGGUUCCGAGGCAUCGAAAGUGCAGAAGGAAGAGCAAAGAAAGAUUGAUGAUGCUGAACCCUUGUCAGAAGAAGAAAUUCAAGAAAAAGAAUCACUACUAUCUCAAGGUUUUACAAAUUGGACAAAACGUGACUUCAACCAGUUUAUUAAAGCCAAUGAAAAAUAUGGACGAGAUGAUAUUGACAAUAUAGCUAGGGAUGUGGAAGGCAAAACACCAGAGGAGGUAAUAGAAUAUAGCACAGUAUUUUGGGAGCGUUGCCAUGAAUUACAAGAUGUUGAAAGAAUAAUGGCGCAAAUUGAGCGAGGUGAAGCCAAGAUUCAGAGACGGUCUUCAAUAAAAAAGGCAUUGGAUAGUAAAAUGUCUAGAUAUAGAGCUCCUUUUCAUCAACUUAGAAUUUCAUAUGGUACAAAUAAGGGCAAGAAUUAUACAGAGGAAGAAGAUAGAUUCUUAGUUUGUAUGCUUCAUAAGCUUGGAUUUGAUAAAGAAUAUGUUUAUGAAGAACUGAGAGUAGCUGUUAGAUGUGCUCCUCAAUUCAGAUUUGAUUGGUUUUUGAAGUCACGUACAGCCCUAGAAUUACAGAGAAGAUGUAAUACACUUAUAACUUUAAUUGAAAGGGAAAAUCAAGAACUUGAAGAAAGAGAACGUCAGGAGAAAAAGAAAAAGAUGCCAAAAGGCUCGACCUCAACUCCAUCUAUUAGUACAAAAUCAGCACAGAAACGCAAGACAGAAAACUCAUUGACACCAGAAACAAAAUCAAAGAAAAAGAAAAAGUAAAUAUAAAAAUUGAUAAUAUUAAAUAUGAAUAAAAUAAAUACAAAUUUAAGAUUUGCAUAACACAAUUAAUUUAUAAUUUCAUAAUUAUGGCUAGUAAUGUGUCUAACUUAUUGGU